AUGGACCCGGAAGCAGAGCCGGCAGAGCUGAAGUGGUCCGCUCAAUACGAACUGGCACAUGCGACGCGAAGCACGCUACCCGGCGACAAACUACUCCUUCCUCCAUCGGCAUUAGAGCAGCUCCUUGCCGCGGCACCUGUCGUUCACAUCGAUGCGAACCGACCGCACAUCACCGCUUUCGAUCCUUUCAACCCAUACACCUUUAAUGCCGAGCGCCACGCACGAGCACAAACGCAGGACCGCUUCCAGCAACUGCCUCACCCGCUUACCUUUCGCUUGGUCAACCCAGAUAAUGGCAGAGUUGUACAUGCAGGAAUACGCGAGUUCUCCGCGGAAGAGGGCGAGAUCGUGCUGAGCAGUUUUUUGAAAGAGGCGUUGGGAAUCAAAGAACAAUCGGCAGAGCCCUCUAGGAAUGCCAGCCCAAAUGGCCAGGAAAAAGAUGACGUGGCUAUGUCAAAUGGAGCAAUUCCGCUCGGCACGGAUGAUGCUGCGUCUAUGAAGAUUACAGUACAUGCCAAACAAUUGCCCAAGGGUACCUUUGUAAAGUUACGGCCUCUCGAAGCUGGCUAUGACCCGGAAGACUGGAAGUCGCUCCUGGAAGAGCACCUACGAUCCAACUUUACAACCUUGACGAACGGCGAGGUCCUGGCUAUAGACGGUGGUCGAGGAGUUGAUGGGAAGCGCGAGGAGUUUCGUUUCCUCGUAGACGGCUUCAAGCCCGAAGGAGAUGGCAUCUGCGUGGUCGACACAGACCUGGAGGUGGAUAUUGAGGCAUUGAACGAAGAACAAGCACGCGAGACGAUGAAGAGGAUCGCUGCCAAGAUGCACCGCGCUCCUGGAACAUCACAAGGCAGUUCCACCGGGGGCGCGGUCGACAUAUUCAACGCGCAACCUGGACAAGUGCUUGAAGGAGAGUACAUCGAUUACGAUUUGACAUCUUGGGAUAGAUCUCAGGGAUUGGAAAUCCUUCUAGACGAAGUAGAAGACGAGGAUGAGAUCGACCUAUAUGUCAGUCCGUACUCGUCACGACAAAGAGUCCGUCCACGCGAAGAUGAGCAUGUCUUCGCGAAUAUUAGAAGUCAAUAUCCGAAACGCAUACGACUGCAACCUACAAAUGUCGAACUUGACGAUGCAGAAGCUGUAUGGAUCUCCGUCCAUGCCUACCCAUCCGAGUCACCCUCGAGCACGCCCAAACCCUUCCGUCUGAGGGUGUCGAUUUUCGAUCCCAAGAUAGAAGCAACAGAUGGACUGGACGAGGCGCUUGAGAAUGCAAAGGCGGUGGGACCAGACGAAGUGAUCUGCAAAAACUGCCAACAAGUAGUGCCUAAAGGCUCACUAUUUUUGCACGAGAACUUCUGUCUAAGGAACAACAUCCUUUGCCCCCAAGGCUGUGGCCAAGUCUUCCAGAAGCGAUCGCCGGCUUUCCAGAACCAUUGGCAUUGUCCACACGAUACAUUCAGUGGCAACACCACAUUGAGCCAUCAAAAGCAUGACGCUCUUUACCACACGCCGCAGAAGUGCUCAACAUGUGACAUGGAAUUCCCAUCAAUGCCUAUGCUCUCCCAUCACAAAACGACCGUAUUCCCCCAAGAAGGCGACCCCAACGACCAAUCCCCCGAACUACUCCUCUCGGGUCUCACACCCCACGAAUUAGCAGACGGAGGCCGAACAACCGAAUGCCAUCUCUGCAACAAGAUUGUGCGCUUCCGCGACAUGGACACGCAUCUCCGGCACCACGACCUAGAGCGCCUCUCCCGUCCACCACCACGCAUGUGCCGCAACGUAAACUGCGGCCGCACCCAAGACGGCGCAAACAAAGCCGGCGACACACGAGCCGGGACGCGCAAAGGUCAAGGUCCAGGCAAUGAAAUCGGCCUCUGCAGCGUCUGUUUCGGACCUCUCUACGUCUCUCUCCAUGACCCAGAAGGCAAAGCACUGCGACGCCGUAUCGAGCGUCGGUAUCUCUCCCAGCUCCUGACUGGAUGCGGAAAAGCGUGGUGUAAGAACGAAUACUGUCGUACUGGUCGUAAGAAUCUGGGCCAGGAAGAUAAGUCCGUUCCAACUAAAGAUGCUAUUCCGCUUGUUAAGCCCUUCUUGCAGGGAAUGGACGGGAGGGGGUAUGAUACCCCGUUGCACUUUUGCGUUGACGAGAGGACGCAGAAGUCGAGGACGUUGGCUGAGAUGGUUGCUGCUGAGAAGGGGAUUGAGGGGAAGGGUGGAUAUGGGUUGGAGUGGUGUGUUGCUGCUAUGGAGGCUGAAGGUGGGGAUCUGGAUAGAGCGAGGAGUUGGCUCAAGGGGUGGGCACCGCAAAGGACGGAGGCUGGGCAGUGAGAUGGAAGGUUCUGGAGUGUCGGGCUUAUGGUUUCAUAGACGGUUGUAUAGAAGUAUGAUAGUGGUGGUUGGAGCAUAUAGACUAGAUUAGAGAGAUACCCAAUAAUGAUGUCAAUGCACUUGAAUUUCCGCAGUC